CCAGCUUAUUCUGUCUUCCCUUCUGAAGCUACAGUUUGGGAACAGGUCGUGGGAUAGCUUUGUGGAUAGACAAACCUGGAUUCUGCUCUCUUAUCCAAGUCCAAUGGAGUCUAGAUGCUAAACCUAUAUGUCCACGAGUCAGCAACAUGGAACUUAUUACCCGAGAGGAUCCAGAGAAUUUGCUGAAGAGGAGAAGGAAAAAACCCAACCCAACCCAAACCAAACAAAAAACCUGUGCGUGAGGGGGGAGGAAAAGCAGGGCCUUUAAAAAGGCAACCACAACAACUUUUGCUGCCAGGAUGCCCUUGCUUUGGCUGCGAGGAUUUCUGUUGGCGAGCUGCUGGAUUAUAGUGAAGAGUUCCCCUGCCCCGGGAUCCGAGGGGCACAGUGCGGACCCCGCCUGCCCGUCCUGUGCACUGACCACCCUGCCCAAGGAUGUACCCAGCGCUCAGCCGGAGAUGGUGGAGGCCGUCAAAAAGCACAUUUUAAACAUGCUGCACUUGAAGAAGAGACCCGAGGUCACCCAGCCGGUGCCCAAGGCGGCGCUUCUGAAUGCGAUCAAAAAGCUGCAUGUGGGCAAAGUGGGGGAGAACGGGUACGUGGAGAUAGAGGAUGACAUCGGAAGGAGGGCAGAAAUGAAUGAACUGAUGGAGCAGACCUCAGAGAUCAUCACGUUCGCGGAAUCAGGCGCUACCAGGAAGACGCUGCACUUUGAGAUUUCCAAAGAGGGCAGUGACCUGUCCGUGGUGGAGCGUGCGGAAGUCUGGCUCUUCCUAAAAGUCCCCAAGGCCAACAGGAACAGGACCAAAGUCACGAUCCGUCUCUUUCAGCAGCUGAAGCACCCGCAGGGCAGCGUGGACACAGGGGAUGAGGCCGAGGCCGUUGGAUUAAUGGAGGAGAGGAGUGAACUGUUGAUAUCGGAAAAGGCAGUGGAUGCUCGCAAGAGCACCUGGCACAUCUUCCCCGUCUCCAGCAGCAUCCAGCGGUUGCUGGACCAGGGCAGGAGCUCCCUGGACAUUCGGAUUGCCUGUGAGCAGUGCCAUGAGACUGGUGCCAGCCUCGUGCUCCUGGGCAAGAAGAAAAAGAAAGAAGAGGACGGGGAAGGAAAGAAAAAGGCUGGAGGAGAAGGAGGGGUGGGAGGAGACGAGGAGAAGGAGCAGUCCCACAGACCUUUCCUCAUGCUGCAGGCCCGGCAGUCGGAAGACCACCCCCAUCGGAGGCGGCGGCGGGGCUUGGAGUGCGACGGCAAGGUCAACAUCUGCUGUAAGAAACAGUUCUUUGUUAGUUUCAAGGACAUUGGCUGGAAUGACUGGAUCAUCGCUCCCUCUGGCUACCAUGCCAACUACUGCGAGGGUGAGUGCCCGAGCCAUAUAGCAGGCACGUCAGGGUCAUCGCUCUCCUUUCAUUCAACCGUCAUCAACCACUACCGCAUGCGGGGGUACAGCCCCUUCUCCAACCUCAAGUCGUGCUGUGUGCCCACCAAGCUGAGGCCCAUGUCCAUGUUGUACUAUGAUGACGGGCAAAACAUCAUCAAGAAGGACAUUCAGAACAUGAUAGUGGAGGAGUGUGGGUGCUCGUAGAGGGCCCAGCCCAGGGGGAACGGGAACAAGAGUUGUCCAGAGAGGACGGUGGCAAAAUGAAGAAAUGUUUAAGGUUUCUAAGAAAAAACCAGAAAAAUAAGAAAUU